AUGCAUCAAUAUCAUUUGAAAAAAAAACUAAUUCAUAUAAUUCUCUCUCUCCCUCUCUAUCUCUCCCUCUCUCUCUCUUUCUCUCUAUCUCCCCUCUCUCUCUCUCUUUCUCUCUCUCCCCUCUCUCUCUCCCUCUCUCUCUCUUUCUCUCUCCUCUCUCUUUCUCUCUCCUCUCUCUCCCUCUCUCUCUCCCCUCUCUCUUUCUCUCCCUCUCUUCUCCUCUCUCUCCCUUUCUCUCUCUCCCCUCCUCUUUCUCUCUCCCCUCUUUCUCUCCCCUCUCCCCCCCUCUCCUUUCUCUCUUUCUCUCUCCCCUCUCUUUCUAUCCCCCUCUCUCUCCCUUUCUCUCUUUCUCUCUCUCCCCCUCUCCCCCUCUCUUUCUCUCUCCUCUCUCUCUCUCCUCUCUCUUUCUCUCUCCUCUCUCUCUCUCUCUCUAUCUUUCAAAUUGAUUUCAGCUAUCUAUCUAUUCCUUCCUUUCUGUUUAUCUAUCUAUCUAUCUAUCUAUUUAUCUAUCUAUCUAUCUAUCAAUAA